GUGGGAAAAAUGGCGGCACUGCUACAGCAAGAGCUGGAGCCUGCGGAGAUCGCAAAACUACCAAAAAACAUCAUAAACAAACUCGAGAAGAUCCUCUUGGACCAACAGUAUGAAAUAGACUCUUUAAAGGCACAACAGGAGCAGUUUAGAGUGGAUAAUGAGCAACAUUUCUUUGAGAAAGUGCAACAACUUGCUCACUGUCAAGAAGAGUUUUUGGCUAAGUCUCAGGAGCACUUGAAGCUCCAAGAACAAUUCACCAAACUUGAGGAGGAAUUUAAAACUGAGAAACUGAAGAACAAAGAACAUGAGAUCACAAAGGAGAGGCUGUCAUCAGACCAGGUUCUGCUGUCAAAAGCCAGAGAAGAGCUCGAGGCUGAAAAGCGAGAACUUGUCCGGACACUGGAAAGACGGUCAUUGGAAGUUGAGCAUUUAAAUGAUGAUUUAAGGCAACUAAAUGACAAACUGGUUGGAGCUGGUACAUCUAGAUUAACUUUGCAAAUGAAACUUGAUGAGCUUGAAGCAGCUGAAGUUAACAUUAAGUACAAAGAGAAGCGUAUGGAUCAGGAGAAGGAGCUCCUACAGGGACAAAUCUCUUGGCUGAAUGAUGAGCUUAAAGCAAAGACUGAGGAGCUGCUGUCCCUAUCCAGACAGAAGGGCAACGAGAUCCUGGACCUAAAAUGCUGCUUGGAGAAUAAAGAUGAUGAGCUGAACAAGCUUCACGACCAACUAACCAGCUGCAAAACUUCAAAUGAAAAUCUGCAGAAACAAAGUGAAGAAAUGGUCAACAAACUGAAAGAGGCCAAGGUGCAACAAGCUGCGAUGGAGGAGAGGUUUAGAAAUGAACUUAAUGCUAACAUCAAACUGGCUAACUUGUACAAGGGAGCAGCAGCAGAUGCAGAGGCAAAAAGUGAAGAGUUGAACCAGGCAGUUGAGGAGCUGCAUAAACUCCUAAAAGAUGCUGGAGAAGCUAACAAAGCCAUGGAAGAAAAAGUGCUGGAAAUGAAUGCAGGCACAGAUAAGGCUACAGCUGAGUUAAAGGAGAAAAUUCAAAGUCUUGAGAAGGAAUUGGACAAUGCAAACGAACUACUGGCUUCUUCUAAUCUCAGAGGUCCUGUUGCUUCAUCCUCCUUAACUGAAGAACAGCUGACAACUAUGUCCCCCACUGCUGCCGCUGUCUCAAAGAUAAAGCCUAAAAUGAAACUGACAGAGUUGUAUACAGCAUAUGUGGAGAGCCAGGAGCAGCUGCAGUUGGAGCGUCUGGAAAACAAACGUGUCAACAAAUAUCUGGAUGAAAUCGUACAGGAGGUAGAAGCCAAGGCCCCAAUUCUAAAACGCCAAAGAGACGAACACGAACGCAUGCAGAAGUCUGUGGCAAGUCUCUCAGCCAAACUGGAGCAAGCUGUCAAGGAGGUGCAUCGUCUCCAAAAAGAGGCAGAUGAAGCCAACAAGCGCGCCUCUGUUCUUGAAAGAGAAAGCCAAAGAUCUGAAAUGCAGCUGUCUGAUAUGGCUCAGCAGGUGCGAGUGUUGCUGAUUGAGCUGGAGGAGGCUCGUGGGAACCAUGUGCUUCACGAUGAGGACGUGAGCUCGGCCGACGUCAGCAGCACGUCUGAUGUCAUCUCUCAGCACCUGGUGACCUUCAGAAGUGUGGAGGAGCUACAGAAGCAGAACCAGCGCCUCCUAGUGGCCCUCAGGGAGCUCGGGGAGGCCCAGGAGAAAGAAGAGUUUGAAUCCACCGGCAACAAGCGAGCUGAACUGGAGCAGAGUCUGGAGAAGGUGCAGUCGGAGUUGGACAGCUUGAAAGAGCAGAGGGGUCAACAGCUGAAGAUGACAGAGUCCAUAGUGAGACAAAGGGACAUGUAUCGUGUGCUGCUUGCUCAGGCCACUGGGGUCAGCUUCCCUCAACAAGGUACUCUCCCUGAAGACCUGACCACUCUGACCUCGACCCCAAGACGCUCACCUGCAACCACGCCCACCACGGGAACACCCACUGCUCUCGUUUCCAUGGCAACAGACACAGCAGAGGCUCUGGAGGCCAAAGCUGCUUUGAGACAAUUGCAGGAUGUGUUCACCUACUAUAAAAAAGAGCGAUUGGAAAGUGACAAAUCGAUGACUGAGCAGAACGAGAAACUCCAGGAACAAAUCUCUGAACUCCGCUCUGCAAAUGCCAAGAUCUCCACCCAGCUCGAAUUCGCCUCUAAAAGGUACGAGAUGCUGCAGGACAACGUUGACGGCUAUCGUAAAGAGAUCGCCUCCCUCAGAGAAAAAGAACAGAAGAUGAGCACUGCGAUUCAGAAGCAUGAACAGACCAUCCACACUCUCAGUGAGGAUCUGAAAGCUGCCAAGGAAAAACUAGCCAUGUCUGAAGGACAGGUUGGAAGUCUUCGUAAAGAGAGAGAUAUGCUCAAGCUGGUGGAGUCUAGACUCACCAAUGAAAAGGAGGCCAUUUUGAGUCAACAACAGAACCAGAAUCUACUACUCACAAAUCUGCAGAGCAUACAGGCCACUCUUGAGCGCUCGGAGACAGACACUCGUCAGCGUCUCACUAGUCAGCUUGAGAAACAGGAGCGUGAGAUCUCACAGCUGCAGAAAAAACUGGAGAAUGAAGUGGAACAGCGCCACCUGCUGACAAGAAACCAAGAGAUUCAGUUGUUAGAGACGAAGAGGCAGCUGGAGUUACAGGUGACUCUACAUCAGAAAACCAAAGAUCAGUUGAAUGCAGCCGAGGUGGAGCUGAACACCCUGAGCAUCCAGGCAAGAGGAGGAGACGCCCGCCGCAGCCUGGGCUCUCCACCUACACCAAUACGAAGCUUACCAGUGUUGGACCAGAACCAGGAGGACUUGCAGGGUCGUCUUCGUUUGGCUGAGACCAGAGCAGAUGAACUGUCGGAGAAUCUAAAGAGCGUCACUGCCUCCAUGGAAAUGUACAGGACCAUGGCCCAAAGUCUGGAGGAGUCCAUAGACCAAGAGAAGCAGGUGACUGAACAGGCCCGAUCCUCUAUUGAAACUCGUAUGAAGGAGGCUCAGGAGCAGUAUCACAAACUGGAGGAGAAACUGGGUGAGGUCCAGAGAGAGAAGCAGAGCCUGGAGGAGCAGAAGAGGGCUGCAGUAGAGACCCUAGAGGAGCAGAUAAACGUUCUUAAGAGAGAUCUAAGCAGCGCACAGGCUGACCACCAGGAGGCUCUUCAGAAAGUGGCUGUUCUUGAAGCCCAGCAGCAACAGGCUCUGCAAGACAGCCGCGAACAGGCUAAAUUGACUGCAGAAGCACAGGACAAAUAUGAGCGCGAGAUGAUGCUCCAUGCUGCGGAUGUGGAGGCUCUUCAGGCAGCGAAGGCCCAGGCUGCGCAGACUCUGGAGCUCAGACACCAGCUCGAUGAGAGAGUGCAGAGGGUCAGUGCGGAGCUACUGGAGGCACGAGUGUCCUGGGAGGAGCAGGAGAAGAUGUUCAAGGAGGAGAUGUCCAAAGUGGAGAGCCGUAGUGAAGAGCUUCAGAAACAGAACACAAUGUUACAUGAACAGAUCCAAACGAUGAGCAAGAAAAUGGCUGAAAAUCUGCAGAAGGCGUCUAGUGACAGUUCUCUUAAUAUCUCCUUAGCCGACGAGGGCAAGUCUCAAGAGCAAAUACUCGAGAUCCUCAGCUUUGUAAGACGGGAAAAAGAAAUUGCAGAGUCCCGUUUUGAGGUGGCACAAGGAGAGAGUCUGCGUUACCAACUCAGAGUGGAACAUCUGGAGAGAGAACUGAAGGAGGUGCAAGACAGUCUGAGCGCAAACAGAGAGAGGAUGCAGGUAACGGCAAAGACUUUGGCUCAACACGAUGAACUGAUGAAAAAGACUGACACCAUGAGCAUCCUGAUGGAGACCAACAAGAUGCUGAGAGAAGAAAAGGACAAGAUUCAGCAAGUCCUGCAGCAAACCCAAGCAAAGGUGCAAAAGCUGGAGUCUGAUAUCAUGCCUCUGGAGAUGGCCAACUCUGAACUGAGUGAGCAAAGUGGGAUGCUUCAGACCGAGAAGAAAAUCCUGGAGGAGGAAAUAAAACGAUGGAAAGCUCGAACCGAGCACUUGGUGGCCCAGCAGAAAGAUUCAGAUCCAGAGGAGUACAAACGUUUGACAAGUGAAAGAGAAGCCCACCUCAAGCGCAUCCAGCAGCUCACAGAAGAGGGCGCAAAGGCCAAUAAUAUGAACACAGCACUGAAGGGUCAGGUACAGGCUUGUCGUGAAUCUUUGGCUAAAGUGACUGAGGAGAGGAAUCAUUUGAAGGGCGAAGUGGAGGCCAAACAUCAAGACCUACAGGAGAAGGCGAAGACCAUCAUGCAGGUCAAGAAGAUCGGACGCCGCUACAAAACUCAAUACGACGAACUGAAGGUGGCGCAUGACAAGCUUGUAGCAGAAGUAGCAGCAGGACCGUCCCAGAAUGAGGAGACUCGUCAGGCCUCUGCUCAGGAAAUACAGGCCCUCAAAGACUCUUUGACCCAAGCAGAGGCGAAGGUGAAAGACCUGGAGGCACAAGUGGAGAAAAGCAACAAGGUUGCGACCGAUCGAGACACAGAUCUGCGCAGUUGUCAGGAGCAGACGAACAGACUGCAGACAGAGCUGAGCAGACUGAGGCAGGAGCUGCAGAUGAAAAAUUCACAAGAGGAAACUCAGAGGCAACAGAUGGUCGACAAAGAGGAGAAAAUGAAGAAGGCUCUGUUCUUCGCCAAGCAGAAGAUCAGCCAGCUCAUGGGAAACAAGGAGCAGAUGCAGAAGGAGAAUGAGGAGCUAAAGCAGCAGCGCGAGGAGCUGGAGGUGCGAGUGAGUGCUCUGAAGUCCCAGUAUGAAGGUCGUCUGAGCCGACAGGAGCGAGAGCUGAGGGACCUGCGCGGACACCAGGAGAGCAGAGACCAGAGGGACGAGCCGGCCGAGGCAGGGCCCAGCAAGACGCAGGAGCAGCAGAGGAGCACCGAACAAAGACAGAUCAGUCUCAAGACCACUCCAGCUGCAGACAGGGGCAGUGCCUCCACCUCCGAGCCUCCAACUGCAAACAUCAAGCCGACUCCUGUGGCUUCAGGCAGUAAACAGACGGCCAUCCCCGGGAACAAGGCCACCCCCAGAGCCAGUAUCAGACCCAUGAUCACCCCAGCCCCAGUGCCCACACCUACACCCACUGCCACUGUCAUGCCCACUACACAGGUGGAGACGCAAGAAGCAAUGCAGUCAACAGAAGCCCCUCCAGUUGAGCACGUGACAGUGUACGGCAGUGCUAGCGGCUCUGUGCGCUCUGCUAGCCCUAAUGUACAGACCACGUUAGCUAGCACCAUGCUAACAGUGCAGCAGGUCCAGACGCAGGCCACCGCAUUUGUCCAACCAACGCAACAACAGAGCGUGACCCAUUCAGAGCCGGCCAAUCAGGAUCCUCCUCCUCUGGUGUUUGAAACGACACCUAGCAACCAAGUGGAGUGGCCCUCAACAUCCUCCACCUCCUCCUCUGUGUUUGGGACAGUCUCUGCUACCCCGGGCACCUCAUCGAUGUCCAAACGGCCCAGAGAGGAAGAGGAGAGCUCGACUGUUGUGACUGAGGCAGAGGUUCCAUCUGAAGACACCUCCAGAGCUCCGAUCUCCAAGAAACUGAGAAUCAUCCAAAGAGUGGGACCAGAGGAGGAGAUGCUGACUGAAGAAAGUGCUGAGGCUGAAGGGGUAGUGCCAACAGACAGUCAAGACGUCACAGAAGCCUCUCAGGAUGAAGACUUCCCAGCUCUAGAGGAGGAAGAGGAGAGUACAGUGCCUCAGUCUGUGAUGGAGCCGGAGGGGCCUCAGGGCGACGCCUCUGAGCUCGAAAAGGACGUGAUUGUGAUUUUAACUGAUUCUGAGAGUGAGGAGGGCCAAGAGGAAGAGGAGGAAGAGGAGGAGGAUGAACAGGAGUAUGAUGAAGAGGAAGAAGAGGAGGAGGAAGAGGAGGAUGAGGAAGGCGAUGAUGAUGAAGAUGAUGAAGACAGUAACAAGGGCGGUGGAGACGCAGAGGUCUAUGAUUAUAAGCUACCCCCCAUAUACGACGUGGAAGAGGAGGAAGAGGAGGAUGAGCCAGAGAGCGCUGAUGUAACGGACCCAGGCACAGAGACAGAGGAGAGUGUGGGGGCGUCGGGCUCCACCCAGAGACAAGCCGAUUCCCAGACACCGAGCUAUGAGGGCAGUUCAGCUGAAGCCUUCUCCACUGAACAACCAAUCACAGGCUCCGGUAUUCGAAUGCCACAGUCGCCGCGGAGAUCGAUGCACCAACCGUCACGUCUGAACAUCCACCAGAGCUCAGAGCUGGGCCCCCCCACUCAGGUCCAGCGCAUUCCUGGUCGUCGACAGUUGGCUCAGCUCGGUCAUAGUGUUCCUGGCAGCACACAGCACUUUGAGGACGAUGACAGGAUGGUUCCCAAUGCUCCGACCCUAGUGGCGCCGCAGCGUUCGGACGGUUUUGACCAGUGCAUACAGUCCCCUCAAGUGGCCGGUGUUCCGCGCUUUAGAAUUGGGGUGACAGAAGAAGUCCCACAGGCCAGCACCUCCACUCACUCAGACCUGGGUGAGCUCGCGUCACAAGGAGGUCUUGGGAUGUUCGCUGAGGAAGAGUCUGGAGGUCGUAGUGUUCCCACCGCUCCGCUACAAGUCUCAGGAGCAGCCUUUUCUGAAAUCGCUCCCUCGGACUCCACAGAGCACGCCUCCCAGUCUGUUCCCAUGGUGACCACAUCCACACAGGGGCUGGUGUCUGGGACGGGCGCAGCAGGAGAGGAGAGGGAUGACUUCCUGGAGCCUGACACUGACCGAUCCGUGGAGGCGUCGGGAGAACCUGUGGUGUCUCAGGCAGAAGCAGCAGAGCCCAGUCAAACCUCAGGCACAGGCAGCCUCCCCUCCACCAGCCAAGAGCCGUCCUCCAGCUGUGCAGGCACCAACCGACCAGAUACGAGCAGUGCCAGAGCCAGGCCCUCUCGCUCUGGUCCGAGCCGACAGCUGCAGCGCUGGUCUGAGGGCAGAGGGGGGCGCGUGAAGAGAGGUCAAGCAUUUGCUCGAGGUUUAUACAGACGAUGAGACGCCCCCUGGUGGAGACUUGACUGAAUCUUGUGCUUU